AUGUCUCUAGAUAUCAACAAGGACAAUCUUGCGAGUUUUCGACCCGUCAAGACUUUUAAGCCCGGCGAUAAUGAGCUGGCGCCCGUGACAUCAUUAAAUUUUGAUGACCAUGGUCGAUACCUGUUGACAGCAUCUGCUAACGAUAAUAUGCAUCUCUAUGACGCUAUGAACUGCAGAUUUCUAAACACCGUGGCGUCCAAGAAAUAUGGCUGUCACUCUGCAAAAUUCACACACUCUCAAAACGAAUGUGUGUACUCGUCCACUAUGAAGAGUUUCGAUAUCAGGCACCUGAAUCUAGAAACAAAUCAAUAUCUGCGGUACUUCACGGGACAUGGUGCGCUGGUUAGCGAUUUGGAAAUGAGUCCGCUCAAUGAUACUUUUAUUUCUGCGUCUUACGAUGAAUCGGUACGGCUGUGGGAUUUACGCACGUCUAAAGCGCAAGCCAUAGUACCGAGCCUGGUACCGAAUUGCAUUGCAUACGACCCAAGCGGCUUGGUAUUUGCGCUAGGUAAUCCAGAAAACUAUGAAAUCGGUCUGUAUAAUCUCAGAGAACUCAAAAAUGGCCCUUUUCUCGUUAUUAAAGUCAAUCCUACCUUCCACCAGUGGAACAAGCUUGAGUUUUCCAAUGAUGGUAAAUACAUCCUUCUGGCAUCGUCUGCUGGAAAGCAAAUUAUUUUGGACGCGUUUGAUGGGUCGCAACUCUUCGAACUGUCUGGAACUAAACCUUUCCCUCUGCGAGAGUUUAUGGACGCCGGAUCCGCGUGCUUCACACCAGACGGCUCGUUCACACUGGGCACCGACUACGCUGGUAAAAUCGCUAUAUAUAACCACUCCGAAUCUGUCAGCGGCAAGACCCUCAAACCGUGCGCAUCUAUUACUGCCGCUCCGGACUCUUGUCCCAGAACCAUUGCAUUCAAUCCAAAAUACAGCAUGUUUGUCACUGCCGAUGAAAGUGUUGAUCUAUAUGUUUUUGAUGAACUGAUAUAG